GAUGUCUAUCGCGCCGGAAGAGAAGAAGGUCCUUUCCCAGCCAUCUUGUGGCUUCAUCUAGCGAAGUGUUCGCACCAAGCCUCGUAGAAUCGGAGGAAAAUCCUGCUGAAGGGGCGCCAUCAUGCCCGGACAAAUGCAAGAAGGUUUUGGCUGUGCCAUAAACAAUCGGUUCGAUCAGUUAUUUGACGACGAAUCGGAUCCGUUUGAGCUGCUGAAGCAGGCCGAAGUAAAGAAGAAGAAGGAGGCUGCUGCCCCUGGUGCCGCCAAGACUGCAGCCCAGGCUGCCAAGCAGCCGAAAAAAGAGUCUCAGAAAGACAGAAAGACCCCGCUGACCGAUAAGAAGGAGGAGACCCAGGCACCUGUACCUCUCAAGAAAGAUGGUGCCGGCAUGAGGAGAAUGGGCCGGAAGCCGGAGGGUGAUGGCCCCAGACCCCAAGGCAGCCAGGGAGAAGGGCGCCCCCCCACAGACAGACGGCCUGUGGACAGGCGGCCUCCCCGACGCUUCGAGAGGCCUGCUGGUGAAGGUGGAGAGAAGCCCGAGGGCGGCGAAUUCUCAGUGGAGAAGCCCAUCGGUGACAGGCCAAUGAGAGGCCGUGGCGGCGGCAGGGGAGGCCGUGGAGGUAGAGGACGCGGCAUGGGUCGCAGCGACGGCUUUGAUUCCCGAGGAAAGCGCGAAUUUGAUAGACACAGCGGCAGCGACAGAUCUAGUCUGAAAGGUGAGGAGAAGCGUGGAGGAAGUGGAUCUCACAACUGGGGAACCGUCAAGGAUGAACUGAAUGAGCUUGACCAAUCAAACGCCACUGAAGAGAACCCUGAAGGAGAGGAGCAUCCACCGGCUGACUCUGAGAACAAGGAGAAUGAGGUUGAGGAGGUGAAGGAGGAAGGCCCCAAGGAGAUGACUCUGGAUGAAUGGAAGGCCAUGCAGGACAAGGAACGGGCCAAGGUGGAGUUCAACAUCCGCAAGGCCAACGAGGGAGCUGAUUGGAACAAAGGAUUUGUGCUGCACAAGUCAAAGGCAGAGGAUAAGAAAGGUGAACUGAUUGACCCUGAGACUGAGGAGCCUAAGGGUGGUGGUGGUGAUGAUGAGCACCACUUCCGGAAGCCAGCUAAUGACAUCACGUCCCAGCUGGAGAUCAACUUCGGAGACCUGGGCCGCCCAGGCCGUGGACGCGGUGGACCACGCGGCGGCCGGGGAGGCCGCGGCCGCGGUGAACCCACUCGGCCGGUCCGUGGAGGAAGGACUGACAAGUCAUCUGCGUCUGUGCCCAACGUGGACGACCCAGAGGCCUUCCCAGCCCUGGCUUAAGCCCCGGCUGUUAAUCCUCAGGCCUACAGGAGCCUCCUGAGCACCUCCACUACGAGGCUUGCAUGUUCCUGGAUCCUUCAGCAAAGUGAAAUGAUGGAGAAGACUGUCAUUAACUAUGACACUCAAUGUGAGGACUGAGUUUUACCCAAUUAAAAACAAAAUGAAGAUGGAAAAAAAAACAGAAAUUAACAAAAAAAAAUACGACAAAAAAAAGAGAAAAGGACUUCUUGCUACUCUGGAGCAACUUAUUGGUAGAGGUUUUGUACUUGGAAACAAAGUAGCAGGGAUGUUUUCAUACAGUAUUUUUUUCAGAGGUUAUGCAUUGUCCAUUGAUAAAUUUUUGUAAUUGCUGCUUGAAAAUAUGCAUUUUGAAAUGUAAGCAUAAGAGUAUCUUUAGCGUGGUGGUGUGUGCCAUUGCUUGCUCGCUUUAAAAUAGGCACUGUGGAGCUCCAACCCAAGCUCAUAAGCUCUGCCACAGCAGGUAUUUCUGAUGAAGUUACAGCUUCACUCAUUGAGAUUUAUGGAUUUUUGUUCUUUAGCACUGGGGUAUUGUUUUAUAUUUUAUACAGGAGGUCUAUUCUUGUAUGAUCUUCGGCCUGUAAAUCUUAACUAUUUUCAUAAAUUCUUUCAGAGACUGUAUUUCACAUGGUGCAAAUAGGACACACCUUUGCGUCUUUGAUCAAGAGAGGCGUCCUACAUUUGAAUGCAUUGAUGAAACGGCACCUAAAUCUGAAUUUGAAGUUCUUUUGUACUGAACUGUUCCAAAGGAGUAACAUUAGGUCAUUUUGGAGGAACACAAUGGCGACUACUCUGUUAAAUUUGCGUUGAUCCCGAGACAUUUGUCGAGCGGAUUGAUUUUGAAGCUGACAGUUAUUCCAUGUGUUCUGAUUUUAUUUGUAUUUGGGGUGCUGUUCACCAUCCAAUGCAUCUUCCUCUUUGCCUAUUUCAUCGUUGAUCACUGGCCAUGUGCAAGUCAAUUAAUGCCUUUCUUUUUACUUUAGAGUGAUAAAGGAGAGGAAGUGUUUUUACGCAGUUGAGAUGCGGCUGUCGACCCUCUCCGGCUGUUUACACACUCCGCUCGAGCAUCCUUCCACAGAUGUAAACUCAGCCCAGCUUCAGUUUGUUUCCGCAUUCUGUUCUGUGCUGAUCUUUUCCUCCACUGUCGACUUGCCCUGUAGCUUCCACAGUGGCACCACUGCAUAAUUGCUCUGAAAGAAAUACAGUUGUCCAUUGUGUGGAACAACUGAAGUGCUCUACAAAUGUGUGAAUUCUAGCCCUGCUAUUAGAGACCUCUGUCGGUAAAUAAAGAUGGUCGAUAAAUUUUU